AUGGUAUCAAAUACGUAUCAGCGCAAGCCUACUGUUGGCAUCAUAGGAUCUGGAUUCAGCGGUGUAUGUGCUGCUGUCCAGCUCAAAGAGAAGCUUGGCAUCAAGGCCACCAUCAUAGAAAUGGAAGAUGACAUUGGUGGUACAUGGAAUGUUAACAAAUACCCUGGUUGCGCCUGUGAUGUUCCUUCUCAUCUCUACUCUCUAUCAUUUUCCCCCAAUCCAAAUUGGUCAGAGAAUUACAGUUCACAACCUGAAAUUUAUGCUUAUUUCAGAUCAAUUGGCAAAAAGUACGACAUUUACGCACAAACUCGGUUUAAGACAAGAGCUGUGAAUGCAACCUGGCUGGAGGAUUCUCAACAAUGGAAAGUAGAAGUAAGAGCCAUCUUGAAAUGGGAUACCCAGGGCAACUAUGAAGAAGGUCCAAGCGAAUAUCUUUAUUUUGACAUCAUCUAUGGGGCCAUUGGACCAUUCGGUGUGCCUCACUUCCCUGAACUCUAUGACAACUUCAAGGGCAGGGUCGUUCAUACUGCUAAAUGGGACAUAUCUUUGGAAGAAUUGACUAACAAGAGAGUUGCUGUGGUUGGCAGUGGAUCUAGUGGCAUCCAAGUCAUUCCCAAGGUAGCACCUUAUGCAAAGUCCCUGGUCAGCUACCAACGUACUCCAGCUUGGGUUAUGCCACGCCGGCAGUUCAAAUAUUCAUCAUGGGUCAAAAAGUUAUUUACCUGGUUCCCGAUUAUCAUGUGGUUGCACAGAUGUAGCAUUUACGUUCUGAACGAAUUAAGAAUCGUCGGAUUCGUGUAUUAUAAUAUCGUUGGUCCCAUUUUCAAGACUGUAUUGUCAUAUCACAUGGGACAGGUUCUCAAGAAGCGUGGCCGAAAAGAUCUUAUCCCUAAGGUUAUUCCUAAAUAUUCCCCUGGAUGCAAGCGUAUUACCAUGUCAGAGAACUACUUGGAAACCCUUGCGCAAGAUAAUGUGCAUGUCAUCAAUGAAAAGAUCGUUCAAGUCGAUGGAAACAAACUCAUAACUUCUACUGGAGAAACUCACGAAGUCGAUGUUCUUGUGCUUGCUACUGGUUAUAAAGUACAAGAAUUCUUGGGACAUUUCGAUGCCUAUGGCAAAAAUGGCACAUCUCUCAAGUCCUUGUGGCGAGGUGAAUUCCCAAAGACGCUCCAUGGUAUUUCCGCCGCUGGAUUCCCCAACUGCUUCUUCUUGCUUGGUCCUAACACCGGCCUUGGCCACAACAGUGUUGUCACUAUGAUUGAAAUUCAAACACAAUAUACUAUUAAAUGCAUUGAAUAUAUGAUGAAGAAAAAUAUCGCUUCAUUGGAUGUAAAGGAAGCAGUACAAGAAAAAUGGGUCAAGCGUCUUCAAAAGGAUCUGAAACAAACUGUCUGGGCUGGCCAAUGCGACAGUUGGUACAUGAACUCUGCAGGACACAUCACUGCUCUUUGGAGUGGAAGUGUUACAAGCUACUGGUGGAAGACCCGCAAUCCUGACAUGUCAGCCUUUAAUGCAGUUGGCUAUAUUGACAAGAAACACUCGUUGUAAUAUUAUACAAAC